UUUCCCAUGUCAGAAUGAACCAUUUAUGUCGAUAAAUAAAUCAAAUUGUUUUGUUUCAGAUGCCUAAAUUGGCUGUGGUCCUCUAGGUCAAGGACUUGUUUUAACAUCUGAGGGUGUGUGUCUGGGAGGGGAACGGCCAAAGAAACACUAACGAUCUGAGACGGAGGAGGAAACUGAACCUGAGCGUUACAGCAGCUGGAGGCGUAACGAGGUACAACUUGUGCUUCUCAGACUGUAAGCAGUCGGUCUUCUUUGUCACAAGAGUUCAAAGCGUGAAGCUGCACAGGUCCCCCCCUCCACCACUCUAUCCAUCUGUUGUGGGACGCUAAAACUUAAAGAGGACAAACGCAGGAAAACAAAAGAGAAGCAGCUCAUAAACGAUGAUUUCCUUUAUGUUUCUGCUUCUCCUCGCUCCAGAUGUGCUGUUCUCCUUAACGCAUGUUGCCGUGAUCUCCCCGCAGGAUCCGAUCCUGAGAAUUGGGUCAAGUCUGACGGCCACCUGCACGCUCACCACUGAGCUGGGCCUGCAUGCCGGCUCGCUGUACUGGACUCUGAACGGGGUUCGUCUGUCCAGCAGUACCUACAGGACGGUGUCCGCCAACAUCCUGACCAUCGAGCUGCACAGCCUGAACGGCUCCCAGCAGAAAUCCGGAGACAACUUGAUGUGUCACGGGCCCGAUGGACGUGUCCUCGCUGGUUCUUGUCUCUAUGUGGGAAUGCCUCCAGAGAAGCCAGUAAAUUUAACAUGCAGGUCCCACAACGCAAAGGAUUUGAGCUGCAGGUGGAGCGCGGGCGGCCCGGGCGAGACGCACAUCCCAACCAAAUACACCCUCAAGUACAAACUGAGGUGGCAUGAAAGAGAAAAUGAAUGUGUGAGCUACAGCGUAGAGAAGCAGGGCUACUCCUGUCGCAUCUCGGCAAACAUCGCUCUCUUCACCCCGUACGAGAUCUGGGUGGAGGCCACCAACCAGCUGGGCUCAGCCACCUCCGACAUCAGCUCCCUCGACGUCCUGGAUGUGGUGACAACAGACCCUCCUGCUAACGUCCAAGUGAGUCGUAUCGGCAGCCUGGAGGACCAGCUGAUGGUCCACUGGACCAGCCCCCCCGAGCUCAAGGACGUCCUGUUUCAGGCCAAAUAUCAGAUCCGCUACAGACUAGAGGACAUCGCCGACUGGAAGGCGGUUGAUAACGUUGGAAACCUGACUUCCUGCCGGCUUGCAGGCCUCAAGCCUGGGACGGUGUAUUUUGUCCAGGUGAGGUGUAACCCUGUGGGGAUCUUUGGCUCCAGGAAACCUGGAAUCUGGAGCGACUGGAGCCACCCGGCAGCAGCCUCCACACCCAGCGGAGAUCUGCUCCACAGAGGCUCCUGUGAUCCCAAAGCCAGCGGACAGAACUCCACCCUGCGGCGGGAGCUCAAGCAGUUCUUCGGCUGGGUCCGCAAGCAUGCCUCGGGCUGCAGCAGCGUGUCGAUCAAACUGUACGAUCAGUGGAGGGUGUGGCUGCAGAAAUCUCACCACCAGCCACGCAACCAGGUCGGUUCAACAAGACAAUAAUUCAUAGCCUGAGUACUCAUCGCUGCCCUGGAGAUGAAUCCAGGAUCAGCCAACUGGUUGUCGUGGUCCCUGUUAAGUAAAAGGUCCGAGAUCUUUGCAGCUUGGCCUUUAAAGCUUCACCCGAGCCGGAAAAAUGUAAAUGCAAAGUAUUUGUUUUUGCUUUUUUGUCAGAUUAUGAAACAAUUUUUUUUAUUAUCAGACAA